AUGUCGGCUGUGUUUGAUUCGGCUGUGAUUUUGUCUCUGUUUCACAUCUCCUUCCCGAUUCAAUCGUCUGCUUUGUGCUUUGGUCUGACGGCUCUUCUUAACGCUCUUCGCUUCUGCUCAAGGCGGAGGCUUGUUCUUGAGGUCCCAUCCAUUUCCAUGGGCUUAAGACCUAAAAGGACUUGUUCUGGUGUUGAAUGUGAAUCAGAUAUGAAGAAGCUGUUGAGAAAAGUCCGUAUUGUUGUCAAUGACCCUGAUGCUACUGAUGAUUCCUCUAGCGACGAGUGGUUUGAGUUACAUAAACCUCGAAAGGUAAAGCGUAUUGUCCGUGAGAUCACUCUCCCCUACUAUCAGCUCUCCGAGAGGUCUCAUGAUCGUUGCAAAACGUUUAGAAAGAAAGCUCAGAGUCAUAGGGAAUCUAACAAUCCUGUGGGAGUUAGGCUGAGGCAAUCAGGGAAAUGGGCUGCUGAGAUUACAAACCCAAUCACUAAGACUAAGCAAUGGUUGGGUACUUAUGAGACUGUUGAAGAAGCUGCAAAGGCUUAUGCUGACAAGAGACUUGAGUUUGAUGCAUUGGUCUCUUCACGUAAUGCUUCUGUUUCUUCAUCUGUUGUAUCUGAGGAGAAGAUGUCUCUGAGCAAAGAUGUUUCUGCUUCUGCUUCUGGUGAUGUAGCCAAGGGAGAGUUUGACAGUCUCGAGUUUUCUCGUCUGCAAAUCCCUGAUCUGAGCUUCUUAGCAGCAGAGGGAGAGGGAGAGUCUAUGGUUUCUGGUGGAAAUGGAAAUGGAGUGGAGCUGGACUUUGAUGGUUUCCUCAUGGAUGACUUCUCUUUGCUGGAUAAUGGUGAUAUCGACAUUUCCGGGUUUGAAAACAGCGUUCCGAGUGAGCUGCCUGAUUUCGAUUUCACAGAUGUGGAGCUCGAGCUUGGUGAUUUCAAGUUUGCCUUUGCUGAUCAACUUGCCCCUCCUCUCAAUAUCGCUUGCCCCUGA